AUGACCUAUUCUGUGAGUGAUCCUGGCGAGAACCAGACCAUCGCCGAUGGGUUCAUCCUGGUGGGCUUUUCCUAUCUUAACGAGCUGCAGAUUGUUCUAUUUCUGAUGCUUCUGGUCACCUAUCCAGUUGCCCUGGUGGGGAACAUGCUUAUUAUCCUCCUGAUAAAGCUGAACUCCUCUCUCCACACCCCCAUGUAUUUCUUCCUGGUGAACCUGUCUCUCUUGGAAAUCUGCUACACCACCAAUGUGGUUCCUCAGCUGCUGGUUCACCUCCUGGUGGAGCAAAAGACCAUCUCCCUUGCGGGCUGUAUGGUCCAGAUGUUUGUCUUCACCACCCUGGCUCUCACAGAAUGUUGCCUCCUCGCAGCCAUGGCCUACGACCGCUACGUGGCCAUUUGCCACCCCUUGCACUACACGACCAUCAUGAGCGGCCGGGUGUGUGUACAGCUCACGGGGGCGUCAUGGACCAUCGGUCUCUUGGCGGAAGGAGCUGAGACACUGUGGCUCUUCAGCCUGCCCUUCUGCGGAUCCCACCGCAUCCACCACUUCUUCUGCGACAUCCGGCCAGUAGAGAUGAUGGUGUGCGUUGACAUAUCGAAAAAUGAACUCAUGGGCUUGACUGUGGCAGCGCUGUUCAUCAUGGGCCCCUUCAUACUGAUACUCCUGUCCUACAUCCUCAUCAUUUCCACCAUCGUCAAGCUGCCGUCAGCAGAGGGGAGGCGUAAAGCCUUCUCCACCUGUUCUUCCCACCUCACGGUGGUGACUUUGUUCUACGGAACAGGCCUUUCAACUUACCUAAAACCCAUAUCCAGCUACACACCAGAUGAUCACUGGAUUUCCCUCAUGUACACUGUUGUGACACCCAUUUUGAACCCCAUAAUAUACACGCUGAGGAACAAAGAGGUGAAAGGAGCCUUCAGAAAAACUCUGGAGAAGAGCAUCUGUUCCCACAGCUAG